GAAAUUCAGUUUACACUUAACCUCAUUAUCACGGUAAGACGACCAAUAAACCUUUAGACGAAGAAGGUUAUGUUUUUUCAUUCAUUACUUGUUGUAUGUAAUCAUUUUUAUAAAAAGUGAAUGUGUAAUAGUGAAGGGUGAAAAUUUAAUUGAUAUUUUUUAUAAAAGAAUAGAUCAUUUCAUCGUCAAAAUAAUAAAAUGUUUAAUCAAACUGGGACAAUACGAUCAGGAGCAACUACGUUGGCUAAUCCUAUGCAAGAUUUCGAGGUUGUAUCACCGCCAGACGAUUCUAUUUCUAGUUUGAAGUUCAGUCCUGCCGCAUUGCAACAGAAUUUUCUAGUUGCUGGUUCUUGGGAUUGCAAUGUUCGAUGUUGGGAGGUUGAACAAUCCGGUAAAACGGUUCCCAAGUCGAUACAAUCUAUGGCUGCACCCAUACUAGAUGUUUGUUGGAGCGAUGACGGAACCAAGGUAUUUAUGGCUUCGUGUGAUAAAACUGCUAAAUGUUGGGAUUUAGCUUCAAAUCAAAGCAUUCCUGUAGCAGCUCAUGAUGCUCCGAUCAGAACUUGUCAUUGGAUUAAAGGAACUACGUACUCUUGCUUGAUGACCGGUUCUUGGGAUAAAACAUUAAAAUUUUGGGAUCUAAGAAACUCAAAACCAGCAAUGACACUUAAUUUACCUGAAAGAUGUUAUUGCGCUGCUGUAGAUUAUCCUAUGGCUGUAGUAGGAACAGCAGGUCGUGGCUUAAUUGUUUACCAAUUAGAGGGAAGUCCGCGUGAAUUUAAGCCUGUUGAAUUAAGCUUAAAAUAUCAAUAUCGCUGUGUAGCCAUUUUUAGAGAUAAAAAGAAAAUACCUACCGGAUUUGCUAUUGGAAGCACAGAAGGACGCGUUGCCAUACAUCAUUUGAAUCAAACAAGUAAAGACAAUUUUACUUUCAAAUGUCACAGGAUAAAUGCGUCUCCAAAUGGUUACCAGGAUAUUUAUGCAGUGAAUGAUAUAGCUUUUCAUCCUGUUCAUGGUACGGUAGCUACCGUUGGUGCAGAUGGUACUUUCGGUUUCUGGGAUAAAGAUGCUAGAACUAAGUUAAAGUCAUCAGAACCAAUGGAACAACCAAUUGUUCGUUGUUGUUUUAAUCAUAAUGGACAAAUAUUUGCUUACGCAGUUUCUUAUGACUGGUCAAAGGGUCACGAAUAUUACAAUCCAGCAAAAAAGAAUCGUAUAUUGCUUAGGCCAUGUUAUGAGGAAUUAAAAGCUAAAGGAACGCCAUAAUUUUGAUUAAAAUUUUAUUAGAAAUUUUAAUAUAUGUAAUUUUAAUAUUAAUAUCUAAUAAUUAAUUAAAUUGAUGAAUAUAACUGUUACAGUUUUGGAUAUAAAGUACCAAUAAGAGUGAUUUAAUUAAAUAUAAAUAUCCAUAUUUC